CCCAAAACCCUUGUAAUACUAUUCUAUUCAAACACUACUCUUGGAUUCUUUGUUCUACUUUCUUUCUCUCCAAACUUUUCCUUUUGGCCUCUUCUUUUCUUUCCACGAUACCCUACACACACCUAAGUCAAAAUCCCUUUACUUUCCUCCCCCUACAAAUACCCUUCAUACUCAUUUCCCACAAAUUAUUACUACCUCUUUUUUAAUUUCUUGAAAGAAAAAAAAAUAAUAUGGUGCAACUUGAAAAUGGUACAAAUUUUUUCAUCAAUGACAAUGUUGACGUGUUGAUAGUGAUAUUGCAAAGGCUAGAUGGUGGCUCCUUAGGUGUAGCUGGAUGUGUUUGUAAGUUAUGGUGUUCCAUCACUAGAAAUGAUUCCCUCUGGGAGCACCUUUGCUUCCGCCACGUGUCUCCUCCCCCGGAGGGUGUGCGGACAGUGGUUUUGGCUCUUGGAGGGUAUCGGAGACUUUACAUGGUGUGUGUUAAGCCGGUCCUGGACCGGCUUAGGGAGUGGAAAACACGAACGGGUUCUGAUGAUGACUCGGAGGUAAUGAGAAGAGUUUGGACGCAGCAUGAAGUGGAACUUUCGUUAUCAUUGUUUUGUGUGGAUUAUUAUGAAAGACUGUUUUUGGGUGGUGGUGGUGCGGCGGCAUCAUCACUUAUGUUCCUAUGCAACGCCGUAAAUGUUUAGGAAAGUUGCGAAAAGAAGGAUGUUGCAUUAAGAUUCCGGGAGGGUUAUUCUUUUUAUCUUUGCUCUUACUUUUUAUUUUUGGUAAUUCGAGAUUUCUACUAUUUGUUGCUAAUGAAGUACUACGUACUACUUAUUAAUUAUUUCUCACUAAUAAAUAAAACUAGGUAAUAUUCUAAUUAGAUUAUUGUUUUGUGCAUCUUUACUAUUGAAUAUUGGGUCUGGAUUGUGGUCGCUCACUGUGGAUUGACCUGACCCAUAUAGAAGAGAUAAGUAUGGGGAAGUUACAGAGAAGUUGCAAAAAGGUACCUAAUUCGUUGUUCUCGCUCUGUUACCCUUAAUUUUAUAUUGGUAUUAGAGUCAGAUUGUGUGUUCUAUUUCUAUGAAGAAACAACUGAAAAUUAAUAUGGGUUGUUCCGUUAAGAAAAUCGAUUUCAUAAUACUGUAUUGAUGAUUCUUUACUUAUUUAUCAGAAAUUGUUGGAAUGCUGAUAGUAAAUUACAUAUUGUAUUAUUUCCAUCUGUCGUCUUCAAUUAAUUUUUUACCAGUUAUCGCUGUCAUGUCGGCAUAAUCUAAAUUCUGCAACAAUUAGUCUUGUUUGGAUUUUCCCUAG